AUGCAUGCUCUCGGUAUAUGGCAUAUGCAAAGUCGAUCUGAUCGUGAUAACUUCAUCACAGUUGAUCUGACAAAUGUGCCGACAGAAAGUCAACACGCCUACAACAAACUCACGACAACCGAAUCAGUAAACUACACUCCAUACGAAUAUGGCAGUGUCAUGCACUAUGACACGCAAUCGUUUGCUACAAGUGGAAAAUCACUUGUCCCAAAAAGCCCGAGGUAUCUGUACACGUUGGGUUCGCACCAGAUUUCAUUCUACGACAUAUUUAUGAUCAAUUCUCAUUACAAGUGUAAUGGCAUAUGUGCGGCCAAAGGUGCAGCAUGUGUGAACGGAGGAAAACGGAAUCCGAAGAACUGUGCUGUAUGCAUUUGUCCUGCCGGGUACGGUGGCGCACUGUGCAACCUUCGGCCAGCAGGGUGUGGCGCGGUUGUGACAGCAGGACCCACCUGGAAAUCAAGAGUGGUCACUCUGGGCGACGCAACGAACACGGCGGUCCGCGACACUUACGCAAUGUGCAAUGACUGGGUCAAGGCUCCAGCUGGGAAAAAAAUUCAAGUCCAGGUGGCCAAAAUGGAGGGAGUCAAUUGCCUCUAUGGUUGUUGGACACAAGGGAUAGAGCUCAAGACACUGCCUAAUAAACUUAAUACGAAUCCA